GCUGUCCGAGUCACCAUAAGGGCCACGGACGACAGCGUGCCGCCGGUGCUGCUGAAGCUCAUGGAGGAGCAGCUGUCGCAGGGCGUGUCGACGCUGCCGGAUCCGGUGGUGGCGCCUACGCCGAGGGAUAUCUCGGAUGUGUUCAGCAGCAUCAUGGUCGUUUCGGAUACCGACCGUAUGAGCCGGAUGCCGUCGUGA